UUUUUUACAAGUUUGCACACGUUUGUAAAAAUAAUCUGUCAGCAUGAGUGGACGACGUUUUUUCGUUGGAGGCAACUUUAAAAUGAAUGGAAAUAAAUCCUCUUUGGAUGAUAUUAUUACCAAUCUUAACACUGUGAAUUCGCCUGAAACAGAUGUUGUUGUUGCUCCAUCUCCACUAUAUCUUGAUUAUGUCACCAACAAAAUCACCAGCCAGGUUAAAGUUGCUGCCCAGAACUGUUACAAAGCUGCUAAGGGUGCUUACACUGGUGAAGUGAGCCCAGCAAUGCUGUCUGAUGUUGGUGUUAAUUGGGUAAUCCUCGGUCACUCGGAAAGAAGACAUGUAUUCAAUGAAUCAAAUGAAUUGAUUGGACAAAAAGUGAAACAUGCAUUGGAAAGUGGUUUGAGUGUAAUUCCAUGUAUUGGGGAAAAACUUGAUGAAAGAGAAGCUGGAGUUACAGAGCAAGUGGUGUUUGAACAAAUGACAUUUAUUAAAGAUAAUGUGGAAGACUGGAGUAAAGUUGUCAUUGCAUAUGAGCCUGUGUGGGCUAUAGGAACUGGUAAGACAGCAACUCCUGGCCAAGCACAAGAAGUUCAUGAGAAGCUAAGGAAGUGGUUGGCUGAUAAUGUAUCUGAUGAUGUUUCCAAAUCAACAAGAAUUAUUUAUGGCGGUUCUGUCAAUGCUGGAAACUGCAAAGAGCUUGCUAAAGGAAAGGAUAUUGAUGGUUUUCUAGUUGGAGGUGCAUCACUGAAACCAGAAUUUUUAGACAUCAUCAAAGCUAAUGCAUAAUCCUGUGCUUAUCUGCCCCUUUAGUCUGACAUUUAGUGCUGUUACAUCUUUUUCGGAAAGUUCAUGUUGUGCAGUGUUGAUUUGUAUAAAUCACAUAUAAUUUCUUGAAUAAAAAUCGUUAUGCACCAAA